UCCAUGUUUAUGGAGCAACUGUAGACCCGCAAGCUGACAGUGGUUUAGGGGCAAUAUCUAGGGGUUAUCACGCUGAAACGGUACACUGCUUGAUUGACACAGCGACCAAGAUGCCGUGUGUUUCACAAAGUGUAUGGAAGGAGACCCGCCCGCGGGGGCCCAUUGCUCCCAUGUUCGGUAGUCCCGGACCCCAGUAUGCACUUCCAGGAUUGACUGGCGUCAAUGAGCACGAUCCCAGGAGUCCCCAUAGGAAAAACCCAGCUUAUUCUUUCGGUGUGAGGCAUGGCAAGUUCAGGGAUGACUGUGGCCCAGGCCCUGCAUAUUUGCCUGAAGCUAAACUGUACCGAGAUGGCAGGGAUGGGGCUCCCCACUAUUCACUAUAUAGUCGCCCCCGAGAUCUCUCUACCCACAAAACACCAGGCCCAGGUGCCUACAGGCCUGAGAAUGCAGGUCUCACCUCGGCAUGUCUUGGGGCCCCCAAAUAUUCAUUUGGAAACAGACAUUUAAACAGGAAGUCAGACAGUACCCCAGCCCCUAAUGCCUACCGACUGCCAGAACAGCUGGGUAGGACAAUCGAGGGGGGUAAGAAACAAGCACCAGUGUAUUCCUUGAGGGGACGUCAAAAGAUUGGGAGCUUCCAUGAGGAUCUGCAAAAAACUCCUGGCCCCGGUAAUUACAAGGUGACCGACCCCAACAGGUACAAGAGAGCAGCGCCAGGAUACAGUAUGACAUCUCGGUCUCAGUUGCCAGGAGACACCACCACGAAACCCGGACCUGGCACCCACCACCCUGAACUUGUUUAUUCAAACAAGAAAGAAGCUCCAUGCUACUCAUUUGGAAUCCGUCACAGCCAGUACACAGCGCCCUUGAUUGUUGAGGUCCAGGACUAGUGCUGCCCCCGACACCCAGCUAUGUCGGCCAGCCUGAAUGCCAGAAGAGUCAGAUAUUAACCAAUAGUAUUAUUUCACAACAACUGCUGAAUAUAUUUGUCUGUCAGGCAAUACGAGAUACAGUGUGAUGCAUUUUGCUGAAGUUCUUUGACUGUCAUUAUAAAAACAUUAUCAUUCAUUUGACUAAGCUUUAAGAAUGAGAUGCAUUCCUGCGUAUUAACAGACAUAUUGAUGAUAUUCAUAAUUAUUGUGAAUAUAUCAGUAAGCAUAUUUUUCUUGAAAAACAAAAGCUGUAAAAUCUUUCAACCCAACCUUGCAAUAUAGCUUAGGAUGAAGCUGAAAGCUAAACACAUUUAAAAAAUUAAGAGAUCAAAAUUAACCAGCUAAGUGAAAAAUAUGAAUCAUGAAAACUUCAUUUUGUUUAGUGAAUGACAUUCUUUUGUGAAUGUUUUCACAUUCAUAUCUUGUCGAAACAUAAUUUCUACGCAAAUUCUAUGUUUAUCAUUUGUCAAAGUACUUUCCGGAACCUGUGUAAGCCAUUUUUCAGAUUUUGGUAUAAAACAAUUAUACGCAAGUUUUCAUAAUUUUGAAAUGAAUAUAUACAUACAUAAGGUUAACAUAAGGUUAACAUAAGGAUACAUAUUCAUUCUGUUUUCGCAUCAUUUCGUCUUGAAUGAUUUUCUGUUUUCGAUGACUGCAGCAUAGCUAUCUUGUUGCAAAGGAGAAAGUGGCCCAUAACUAGGUAUUGGUUGCUUUAUUUCAGAUAUCAUUUGUACAAAUUUAAAAAAAGUUUUUUAGCAAGGUAUUUCUAAUUCCUUGUAUGGAUUGAUAAAAAAACAAUCAGCCAGUUAAUUUAUUCACAAACGUACCAAGAAUCAAAAACUGUUCCACAAAUUUGAAUGGAUUUGUAAAAUAUUACCUCAUGUAUAAAGUAGAGGAAGGUGUUCUCUCUAACUGUCCCUAAGUGAUCGUGCCUUGAUUAUUGAUAAGAAACUAGCAUAGCAGGACAUGUAGGUAGGGAAGGAGCAGUGUUGUCAUGUAUGUUGUGAGCUCUGAUUUCUACAACCAAAUAUAAACUAUUUAUCAGAUGUGGUGUAUAUUUAUCGGUUUACCACACCAGCAUUUUACCUAACACAAGCAGUAUUCACUUUCACGUCAGUAUUCAACUUUGAAUAUUUAUGGUGAAUUACAUUCAAUGUUUUGCACAAUAUGGAAAUCUUCAUGGAGAAACUAUGUAUGUAAUUAUACACCCUAAUAUCAUCUAUAACCAAAUAUGCUACUGAUAUAUAGGAAUUUCUUAUUGGUCCUUUGUACUUUGUAAGUCAGAUUUCCUUUGAGGAAGUGUCCCUGUGAACAUAUAUAUGAAUAAUGGGAUGUUACUGUAUAUCUUUUUGUUUUAGGCCAGACAAAUUUUAUUUCUUGUUUUACAGAUUUUUACCUCAGAAGGCAGGAGGGACUUUUUUUUAACAAAAUCACCAGUCAAAGCAAAAACUCAUAUGAGUUUCCAUAUUGUCUCUUUUGCUUCAUUUAUAUCAACUAAAAAUAAGUUGAGUGAGUUUAGGCUUCACACUGAUUUCAACAGUAUUUCACUUAUACCACAUUAACAUUAGGAUUAUAUUUUUUGAGCAGGGAAAUUCAUUAUUAUUAAUUUUUUUUUGUCCCAUUCUUGAAACCCUAUGUCUGGCGGAUCCGUAAAACAAGAAAUAAGAUUGAUCUGGCCUUUAUUGAUUUGGCAUUCACACAUGAUAUGUUUAUGAAACUGGUUACAUUGAAAUCAUGUACAUCCUUUUAUCACAAUAUGAGGAAGUUGUUACACUGAAAAGAAAUAGAAAUAACAUUCACUUAAAGAUGAAAGGGAUUUAAUAUGAACAUAUAAAUCUGAAAACAGGUGUAUUUUGGAAAUGGAUGUUGAAAGUAUGUGAUUAUAUGCUUAUAUGUCCAUAUCCAGAUAGGUUUAUACAGUGCCUGUAUUGACUGUUUGUGUUGUUGUUUUUUCAUUUGUGGUGUUUGAAAUAUCUGUUAGCAAAUUUUUGCAUGUUAGCUAAAUCUGUGAUAACCCGUGUGCACAAUUUAACCACAUUGCUCUAUAGAUGGUUUUCGUAGCUUCGUCAUAUUGUUGCUGUAAAUGUUUGCUCAGUUUUUGUACAAAUUUUACUUAUACAUAAAAGUAAUUACAAUCAUGCUCAAGUCUUUAACUAACAAAUAAAGUUUUCUGUCUUA